UAUGUCAAAAAGGAAAAAAUCUAUCUACACAGUCAAAACUUUUCAAAAAUGCGCACACUUAUAUCUUUUCUUGUAUUUACCAUAUUCUGGCUUCUAUUUAUUCUGAUUGGCUGGAUGGCGGCUAAAAGAUUCAAGGAAAAGGGUCUGAUCAGAUGCUGCUUUCUUCUGACAGGUGUAUGUUGUUGGCUCAUCUGGGUAAUUACAUUCCUAAUGCAAUUGAAUCCGUUAACUGGACCACGAGCAAGUCAAAAAGUGAUCUAUGCCAUGAUGACCUAUUGGGAAAACUCGUUUAUUCACCACGAGAAUGAUCCCUGAUAAACAAAUGCAUCAGGAAUUUGCAUGCAUCAAAAAUCAGUUUUAUAUUUACUAUAUCAAGUAAA